CGCGCCGGGGAGCGGGCGGCGGGCUGUCCCCGCGGGUCCCUCUCCCUGUCCCGCGCUGGGAUGCCCGGGCAGCGGCAGUCCCGGCAGCGCUGGGGAGUUUGCCAGCCCAUCCAUCACUCGGGGCGGCGGGAUGGAUGGAUGGUUGCGCUGGCCGAGCAUCCUCCGCUGACGCUCGGCCGCAUCCCGCACCUGUCCCGCUGUGCCCCGGGCACGGCCGGAGGUCCCGGGAGCUCCUGCUUCGCUCGUGGCUUUUUGGGUGUCCCCUGUCCCGGUGGCAGGCGGGGGAAGGAGCUGGCGAGGCGCUCACCGCCGCCGUCAGGCUCUCAGCAGCGCUUUAGAAGACGCGCGGCAAAGCCAAGGAAUCAUAGCCAGGGCACGGCUCGGUUAGGAAUUCGAAUUGCAGAUCACAGCCAUUGCAGCCAGACAUCGCGUUCCGCUUGCCAGCCACCCUCCCCUACUCCUUGGGUCUGGGAUGGGAGCUCUGGGUCCCUCUGGCUGUCUGUGCGUUUUCCAGGUUUUAAAUCAGAACCAGAAGAAAUCUUGACGUAAGUCUUUGGGGCUGCUUUCUGCUGGUUGAUUUGAUUUUUUAACUUUUUUUUAAAGUUUGCCAUAAACUUUUCCGAUGGAUUUGAUGCAUUUUGGACACAGUGGUAAUCUGUCCGAGGAGGAAUGCACCCAAACCCACACGGAACAAAGCGAGCCUGUGCAGCGGGGCGUUCUUGGAAACGCAAAAACCUGUGGUUUAGGGAUUAUUUCAGGCAGGGGAGGUGCGAGCCGUGAGCUGUGUAUGGGAGUUCUGUUCAUUGCUGUGACAGGAGAGAGGUAUUGCUGAACUUCCAGAAUAAUCCCUCUCCUUUGCCUCCACCCUGGGCUGGAAAAAUGACCUUUAUAAGGGAGUUUGUGGCUGACCUUUGUGCCGUGGCUGUCAAAACAGAUGCUAUCAGCUUGACAGUUGUAGACGGAUUUUUGUGUGCUUAUCUGCCAGGUGUCCGAUGGAGUGAGAAAAGGAGUGAUUUCGCUAAUUACAAGAGCUCUCAGGAGUGAUGGUGAAACAGCGAUGUCCCAUUAGUGAUCUUCCUGUCCCUUGUCAGGAAGAUGUGGUUGCACAGACUGUAAAGGAAGUUCUCUCUCCAAACUGCAACCUCGGCAGCUUCUUGGUUUCAGCCAUCUCCAGUUUAUAUCAAAGGCCUGAAUAAGGAAUUUCACUUUGUUCAGGGUCCUUUGACCUUUUUUUGUGCCCACAGACCAUUUGUUGUGAUGCUUUAUGUAGCUGCAACAGCCAGAAGUGUUCCAUUUUAAAAAGAAGACACAAUAGUUUAUCCUGUUGAGAUCCCUAUUGAUACAGCAAUAGAAUCAUCCUUCUGCUGCCCCUUCUUAUUCCCCAUUCUUCCUUCUCCUUAUUACCCCUAAAAAUCCUUGUUGCUACUAAAACCUCCGUUUUAUCACGGUUUCUUUGUCCCACAGACCGGGUUUUGUGAGGCUGGAUGUUACCAGCUUUGUUCUCCAGCUGAGGGGAUGUCAGAGCUGGGUUUUGCAGGUGAUGUUGAUCAGCUGUCAGUUUUGGAAAGGCACAGCAGUGCUAGCUGUUGUGAGCUGGACUGCUGUGUUAUUUGAGAAAUUGAAUAACUAGAAGCCCAGGAUUUAAAUCCUAAAUUCAGCCUGAAUAAUGUUCUCUGGAGUUUGAAUCUGGUUUGAGGAUGCUUCAAUUGCACACCUAUUUAUUAAUUGUUACUAUGGGAAGGUGUAAAGAAGAAAACUGGGUUGGUUUUUUUUUUGCUUCUGCAUGUGUUGUCCUUAAAAAUGAUCAUGGCACCUUAAUUCUGCCUUGUGUGAGGACCAGAGACUUGGUGUGCAGGAAUCUCUCUUUGGCCAGUUAAUAUGGAAACACUUUGUGCUCUCUUCAUUUCUGCUCACGACACUGCAAGAGGCAUGAAGUUCUCUACGUGCCAGGCAGUGCCCUCCUGUUCCCAGCCCUCACUGACAGAAAGCAUUUAUUCCUGGCCACUUUCAGGACUGACUUUUUGGGCAGUCCUGUAAUGAUGACUUUUCAGCUUCAAUGUCCCUCCUGUGUGCCUCAGUGGCAAACCCUGCUCUCUCUCAGGAGCAAGCACACGGUGAAGGGAGUGCAGUGAGGGAGGUGCAGCUGUGGGCCUGCCCUUGUUCAUUGUGUGGGCUCUUGCACAGCGUGGCUUUCAGGGCUCAGGGCUUCUUUGAGCUCUGUGCAAAGAGCAGCUCCUUCUCCCCACACCUGCGGUGCCGCCGGUAUUUCCGCAGCUCGCUCCCCGUGCCCGCUGAGCCAGCGGCGUUUUCCUGACGGCCAGGAGGACACAGAUGGUGCACUGUGCUCCAGGGAAGCUUGCCACGGAGCUCAGAGCCACAGCCCUACCCUGGCAGGGUCACUGCCUGCGUGGCUUCGUGUCCCCAGGGCUGUGUGGAAAGUGCAGCUCAGCUCAUGUCACGGGAUGGAGGCGUUGGGAGUCCUGCCCCCGGCCAGUGAAGUUUCUCUUCGGGUGCCCUUGCAGGUGCUUGGGGAGAAUGAGAGCCCAGUACUGAAACUGCCUUUUUCAGAAGUGUUCCAGCUUUGUCACCUGCCUGGUCUGGCGGCAGCAUCUCCAGGAAUCUGGCUGGUGUGGCAUCCCUGGCUGGCAGUGGGAUGUGCUGCCGCUGCCCGGAGGGUCACAGAGCUGGAACUUCUGCUGGCUCACUUGUGUUUGUGCAGGGCUUAUGUGCAAAUGAUGUGGGCUUAUUUAAAUUUAUUUAAAGGCAAGCAACAAACCCACAAGAUCAAAUCAACCCUGAGGAAAGAGGUUUUGUUUCUGUGCCUAAAAAUUACUCUCAUGUUGAAAAAAAUGGAGCUGCAGGGCAGAGUUCAGAUGGACUGAGUGAUACCCCAGGCAGAGCAGGAACAAAUGUACAUCUCCAUCGAUUUAAUUGCCAAGCAACAUGAAAGAAAAAGCUUAUUAAAACACCCCAAACUGUGCAUUCAUCUCUCUCACACUUUACUCUGAACUGUUGCCUUGAAAGUAAAGAGCAAAACAACUUGAAAGAUGUUUAUUUUCAAAGCAGUCCUGAGCAGCUCAUUGCAGUGACACUGCCUGGGGGACAGGGCAGCACAGCCAUGAUUUCACGGAGUUAGCAUGGCUUGCUCUGCACUGAGUCACUCCAUAAAGUGAGUUUUCUCAAACCCAUGUUUUACCCAGCGAGUCACAAGCUGCUUGUUCUUCCAGCAUGAUUUAUCCUGUGGAACACAGUGCCCAGCUCAUUGCACCGUGACAUCCAGAGGUGAUUGUUUCCCAGCUGCUUGUUGCAUGCUUGGGAUUUCUUGGUUUAUUUCCUAUUACUUUGUUUGCUUUCUAUCUCUUUUCUUCAAAGGCCAUGGAAAGGUGAGGUGAUGAACUUCUGUUGCUUUGUUAAUUAUAACUUUCUCCCCUUUUCUUCCAAUUUCUUCACUGUUAGAAAGUUCCCUUUCCAGUCUCUUGCUCUUUCAUUUACUUGGUCUGCCAGUGUGCCAGACCAGUGGUUAAUAACCACACUCUGCUCUGUAAGAGCAGACAGGUUAGAUUUGGGGGAUUUCAGGGAAGAAAAGCCAGGAAAAGUUGCAGGUUUUAAAUAUGAAUGCCUUCUCCUUUCUGUGCUUGAGCCCUCCAGGGGCUGGGGAAUUAAAUAACCAUCUUGGUGUGGUCUGAGCACCUCUGCUGGUGGUGGUUGGAGUGGUGCUGCCAUCUCUCACUACCCAGACAUGUGCACUGCAGCUGCAGCUUAGAUUUAGGCCAGGGAGAUUUUGUUUUUCUGGAGGGUUUUCAAGACAAACACUGGCAUAUUUGCCUUUUUUUAAAUUAUUAUUAUUUGAACUAGGCUGAUGUUGAUCCUGGAGGGUGCCUUUAGAAAUGACAAGCCCUUGCCUAUCUGAAACCAGGUGUUCUAGAGAAACUCACAGCUGUAGGUGCCCCCAAAAGAUAAGAGGCAUGCAGGGCCUGUGUGAAUGCUUGAACUUGUACUUUGGUCACACUUUGCUUCUCAAAAAAUCCAUUAAGAAAAAGGCUGUGUAAUUCAGGUUGCCAUUUAUGAAUUUGCUGUUAUCAUGAGCGGGGUGUCACAGCUGAAGGCAGUGAGAAAUAGCUCCUUAAUGGGUUCACAGCUUAAUCAUUUCCAAGUGAAAAUUUACACAGAGUGUAUCAUUAACAAAAGGAGGGAUGCAAAAAAGCCCUGCCUGUGCGUCAUGCCACGGGAUGCUGGGAGGGUGGGAUUUGCCUGUGGGGCUGGUCGUUCCUUGCUAGCUCUGCCUCCUGUCCCUCCCAGAGUGGUCUUUGCUCACAGCUUGGCUCGGUUACAGCUCCAUGUGUCAAAAGCUUUGUCUGCUGGGCGGGUGCCAAAAUGCGUUUGGAGAGCAGAGCUUGAGGAAGGAGUUGUUUUACAUGGAUUUGAUUUGAUUUUCUGUCAGCUGCAGCACUUUGUGGCUUGUUGAGAUGAGCUUUUUCUGUGCAUUGCUGGAAAACAGCCGUCUGCACCUACAUUUCCAAGACUUUCUGACCUGGAGGUCUUCGUGGCCUCUCUGGCAGAACAAAAUGUUUUCUUCUGUAUCAAACUGUAUUUUAGCUUCCCACUGAGGUGCAAAAAGUGUGCUUGGGUGGGAGGUCAUCAUUCAGGCCUGCCCAGCCCUUCUGAUGGGAAGAUCAUUAGGCUGUGCUGCCAGUGAACGUGGGAAGAGGGGGAAAAAGUCAUUUUAGAGGAGGGUUUUUUAUAGGGGGGUCUGAGCUGGGCACCUAUCCCUGGGCAUGAUGAGCACCCCCAGCCAUGGCUGGGGCAGCUCACUGCAUCUCUGGAAAUUCUCAUUGCAUCUCUGGAAAGCUGAUCUGAGACCCUGGGAGUGGAUGUGAGGGGUGUGGAGCUCUCAGAGGUGCAGAGGAGCUGCUCUUCAAACAUAGGUCGUUUUUAUGUCUUAAAUAUUGGGGGAGCUAAAGUUCAUCUGCUGCUGGUCUUAUUCACCACUACCCUUCUGGGGCUGUAAAACUGGGGGUGAUGCCACCCUCUGAGAGAUGCUGGGAGUUUGCAUGAACUUUUGAGGAACCAAUUAACAACAAUAAUCUCCAAGGAAAAUGUGGAAGUGUCCUUGGGCCAGCCUGUGAGCAGCAUGGAAUGACCAAGGGCUGUGCCUACUCCUGCUUUAGAGAGGGGUGGGGGAAAUGCUGAGCAGCCACUCAUUCAGGAAGGGUCCAACAUCCUUGGAGCUGACUCAGGCCAGGGUCUAGGUAACCCUGUGUGCACUCACACAUUAAAAACCCAUCUUGCAGCUCGUAGGACUCAGAUGCACAGGGAGAUGGGGUAGGAAAACUUCAUCCUCUUGAUCCUCAACUUGCACUUGUCUCCUGCAGCUGGUUUUGUAGAGCUGCACAUUCAGUGGUGCAGCAGUGAAAACAGCCAUGUCUCCAUCCAGCAGGAAUUCUGAGGGGACUGAGGAGGUGCUGAGUGAGGGGAAGAUCUGACCUUGUCUGUCAUUCCCAGUGGCAGUCAGGAAAGAGUUGAUGGCUGGGACACCACUGUAUUGUCCCCCUUUCCACUGAUUUACAACCUGAGAUAUCAGAGGCUGUGCCUUUCCUCCUGAUAGUUCUUGAUGAACUUUCCUUCCAUGAAUUCAUCAUCAUGGUUUUUUCCAGCCUAGUGAACUUUUGGCCCUCCAGGCAAAGUUCCCCCAUUUAACCGUGUCCUGUGUGGUGCUUCUGGCCCAGCUCCCCUGAGCUCCUUCCUGCUGCUGCUUUUGCACUUUGAAAACCCUAAAAAAGGAGCUGAGGUGGACACAGGUGUCCUGUGACCUGCUGGUGACCACUGACCCCAGCCUGAGGCAGGGAGAGGCACCGUGUGGCCACACACUGGGAGCCCACCAGCCUGGGCUGGAGUCCAGCUUUUCCCUUUCUUCAGGCUGCCACCAGGUCCUGCAGAGGAGAAGACUUGCAGAAGAAUGAGUUCUUUUACAGAAUCCCAGAAUCCCUGAGGCUGGAAAAUCCCUGCCAGCCCAUGGAGUCCCAGCUGUGCCCAGUGCCCACCUUGUCCCCAGCCCAGAGCACUGAGUGCCACCUCCAGCCCUUCCUGGGACACCUCCAGGGAUGGGCACUGCAAAGCUCCCUGGGCAGCCCCUGCCAAGGCCUGAGCACCCUUUCCAUGCAGAAAUUCCUGCUGCUGUCCAAGCUGAGCCUCCCCUGGCCCAGCCUGAGGCCCUUUCCCCUUGUCCUGUCCCUGUUCCCUGGCAGCACAGCCCGACCCCCCCUGGCUGUCCCCUCCUGGCAGGGAGUUGUGCAGAGCCACAAGGUCCCACCUGAGCCUCCUUUGCUCCAGGCUGAGCCCCUGUCCCAGCUCCCUCAGCCCCUCCUGGGGCUCCAGCCCCUUCCCCAGCUCCCUUCCCUGCCCUGGAAUCAGAAAUAGAUGCAUUUUAAAACCUGAUGGAGCUGCUGGAAACACAGAUCCUCUGUAGCUCCUGCUGCUUGUGAAACCCCUGGAGCUUCCCUAAAGACAGAGGAUUUCUUUCCUGAGAGGUAUUUGUUGGGCAUGGUAAAAGGGGGUAUUUUAUCCCCUUUUCAUUGAGACUUGUUCUCAGGUUUAGGGUGCCUGUCCUGCCACAGCAGGAGGUGGGACAUGUACAGUGCCAUAUUUACCAUAGAGAACCACAACCCACAAAUUAAAUUCCUGAAUCUCCUAUUCAGGGGAAAAAAAAAAAUAUUUACAUGUGGAUACAAUUCCUCCCUGGAAAUCUUUUUGAUACUGAAGUUAAUGUGUAGUCAGAAUCUGUACCUUUGCCCUCUUUUCCCCUAGUUCCUGCAAUCUGAGGGACUGAUACUCAGUUUCCCAUUUCUGUAGCCAGAUCUUUUUCUCCAGGAGAAGGCAGAGAAGCAGGGCCGUGUGUUCUGGGUGGUUUUCCUGGCAGGCAUCAAACCAAGGCAAAUUCUUCUGCAAUGCCAAACCCCUUGUUUGCAAAAGGAGCAGGGGCCCAGCUGCUCAGGUGGGUUCACCUGGGGGAGAUCACUCAGCAGAGCUGCUCUGAAUAUUAAACUUUGGGCCACCAUGGAGGGGUUUUCGUGUUUAAAUUGUUCUUUUUGAGAAAAUGCUUUGUUUGUUAAAUAUUCGUUGUCCCUGCAGCUGUCCCUUGAGAUUUCAGGAAUGAAAAUGGGGAGAUUUGUUUUUUUAACAUCUGUCCUGGCCUUACAAGUCUAUCCCAAAAAUGUAGGAGCACAGGAUGAGUCACUGGCUUUUUUGCAUCGAGGAAAUGAGAGUAGUGACAUCACUUCAUUCCAAGAUAAGGAAAGGCCUGAGCUGGGAGCCCUCAGAGAGGCAGAUUUCAGCCCCCAGCUGCUGAUCUGGACUCACAGUGUAGAAAUCAGCAUCUGAUUUGGGAAGUUACUGGAACAUGAGCCUGAUUUUGUUGAUCUUCUUCUCUUUUUUUGUGUGCCAGUAUUGUAUAAAACUUGAUUGUGACAACCCAAGCUGUGUGAAUUUAUGCCAAGAGAAAAAAUAUUUGAGCUGCCAUCAGCAAAUACGGUCUCGCUAAGAGCUCAGAAAUUCUUGUGGCUUAAGAAAACACGGCUUCAGCUUAACAGCAGCUUGAAAAUCUUGUGUUGGUGAGGUUUGGCAUCUGCAGCUGCCUGUCUCCAGGCUGAAAGGCUGCUUGUUUUGGGGCACUGGGAUGGCUCUGCUGCUCUCCUUGAGGUUUUGUGUGCUACGUUCCUGGCAGGGCCCCGGGGGCGAUGCCAAAGGAACAGGCAGAGAGUGCCAAGCAGAGCUGAGCUUGAGCUCUGGGCUUUACUCACAGCACAGGCUGCAGAAAGGGAUCCAGCCCAGCACCCUGCCUGGAACUGGCAGGGCUGGCAGCCCCUCAGCCCCAGCAGGGCUGGGGGGACACAGCAGUGGCACUGCCCAGCUCAGCCUGGAGAGAAAACACAGGUCCUGUCACCUCCAGGGAAAGGAGGCUCAGCCCCUGGGCAAGGAACAGGGGGACAGCAGAGGGGAGCAGGGAGGUGGUGGCACAGUGGGGACACCAGGGAGGUGGUGGCACAGCGGGGACACCAGGGAGGCAGUGGCACAGCAGGGUCACCAACAUGGAAGCAGGAAGGUGAUGGCCCAGUUGAGACACCAGCAUGGGAGCAGGAAGGUGGUGGCACAGUGGGGACACUGGGAAGGUGGUGGCACAGCAGGGACAGCAGGAAGGUGGUGGCACAGCAGGGACAGCAGCACGGGAGCAGGAAGGUGGUGGCACAGUGGGGACACCAGUAUGGGAGCAGGAAGGUGGUGGCACAGUGGGGACACUGGGAAGGUGGUGGCACAGCAGGGACAGCAGGAAGGUGGUGGCACAGCAGGGACACCAGUAUGGGAGCAGAAAGGUGGUGGCACAGUGGGGACACCAGUAUGGGAGCAGGAAGGUGGUGGCACAGUGGGGACACCAGUAUGGGAGCAGGAAGGUAGUGGCAUAGCAGGGACACCAGGAAGGUGGUGGCACAGUGGGGACACCAGCACAGGAGCAGGAAGGUGGUGGCACAGUGGGGACACCAGUAUGGGAGCAGGCAGGAAGGUGGUGGCACAGUGGGGACACCAGUAUGGGAGCAGGCAGGAAGGUGAUGGCACAGUGGGGACACCAGGAAGGUGGUGGCAGAGCAGGGACACCAGCACAGGAGCAGGAAGGUGGUGGCACAAUGGGGACACUAGGAAGGUGGUGUCACAGUGUGGACACCAGCAUGGGAGCAGUGGGAAGGUGGUGGGCAGUACAAAAGAUGCUUGCAAGGUCCCACUUCCCCUUCUGGGCCUGCAUCCUGAGGGGUUCAACAGGCAAAAUUCCCUCCUUGCUGGGGUUUUCCCUUGGGAAAGAAUGGGGCUGGGUUUGAAGCAUUUUCUGCCUUAGGGCAGUAAAUGAAUAUCUGGGGAAAGUCCAUAGGGUUUGGGUUACAGGAGCUGAGCUAGAGUGUGAGAGAUGCCAAGGUUUCUCCAUUGUUCUUCAUAUGAUUGUAAUCAAAUCUCUGCUUCCACAGACAAAACCCCCGUUUUCCCUCUCUUCCUCCUUUUCUUUGGAGUAUCAGUUUUGCUCUUCUUCAGCAAAUGACUCCUUUACAGAAGGUUUUCCCCUCUGGCUGCUCAUGGAUACAGUAUCCCCCUUUUGCCACAGCAGCCCUGGUAAAGAAAAUAAUUUUUUAAGGAAAAUUUUGAUAAACAUAAUUUUUAUAGAUCAAAUGCAACUGGUAGGAACAAAUAUUAAUUUUUUCUUUUUUUUUUUCAGUGUGCUGGCAGGAGUUGGGAGGGGUUUUUAAAUGUUAGAGUAGCUCACUCUCCUGAGGCUUAGGGAAGUGUUUGACUUAAAACUCAGAAUCACAGAAUCUCCUGGGCUGGAAGGGACCCACAAGGAUCUUCAAGUCCAAUUCCUGACCCUGCACAGGACACCCCAAUAAUCCCUCCCUGUGCUUGAUCCCACUGCUUGCCUGUGAGAGUGAAGGCUUGCUUGAUCAUUCUAUCAUUUUAAAAGCCCCCUCUACCAUUUGCAGACAGGAUCAGCUGCAAACAUUUCAAAAGCCUCUAUUUUUAUUUAGCUCUAAUUUUUCCUUCCUGCAGACGUGUCCAGGCUGCGGUACCGAAAUAGGGUGUGUGUGAAACGCUUGACUGGAAAAAAAUGAAUCAUAUUCCUGGUGCUGUGAGCUUGCCCUGUAAAUCAAAAGGCAGCUGGGGGAGUCCUGACCCUGCCCUGGCUGUUGGGUCAGGGUUUCCCUGGGGCUCUGAGCGCUGCCAGCUGGAUGCUGGUGCUGAGUGAGCGCGGUGCUGCUCAGCCUCGCCGUGAUUUCAGGAGUGAGAAAUGAAAUCCCUCUCCAGAGCAGGUUGCUGCUGCAGCUUGCCAUGAGCUGCAGCUCCUGGACAGCUUCCAGACCCGUGUCUGUGCCAGCUGCAGCAGGCAGGGGUGAAUUGAGGGCACCAUAAGGACAUGGGCUUGGAUCUGAUGGGCCAGCGUGGCUUUCUGGUGCCUCAUCUCCUUCUGCAGCAUCACAGAGCUCUGCCUUCUCUGGGUAGCUGGGCAAGGGUGUUGUGUGCACUUAGGGGAUCUCUCAGAUGUCCUGCUCAGCUCCCAUCCUUCCUUCAUUUCCACCCCUCAGCUGUGGAACGUGGCACUUGCAGGUGGUUCUGGCCUUGCUCCCACUCGUGAUGCAGCCAUGGAGGUUCUGGUUGAAGAACUGGGGAUGUGGAGGCAGGAGGAGGUGCUGCCCUAAGGACCAGAGUUUAUACUUGAAUUCCUACUGAGAGAUGGCAAAAAAUCCAUGCAAUUUGUUGGGACAGCCCUAAACCCAAAAGGGCAACAGAGCUGGGGAGGGGUUCUGAUGAGGAGCAGCUCAGGGAGCUGGGAAAGGGGCUCAGCCUGGAGAAAAGGAGGCUCAGGAGGGACCUUCUGGCUCUGCACAACUCCCUGCCAGGAGGGGGAAGAGCCUGCAGGGCUUGGGCUGUGCUCCCAGGGAACAGGACGAGAGAAAACAGCCCCAAGUUGUGCCAGGGGAGGCUUAGAUUGGAUAUUGGGAAACCUUUUUGUGGAAAGGGCUGUAGAACAUUGGAAUGGGCUGCUCAGGGAAGUGGUGAAAUCACCAUCCCUGGAAGUGUUCAAAAAACACGUGGAUGUGGCCCUUGAGGACAUGGUUUAGUGGUGAGCACAGUGGUGGUGCUGGGUUGACUUUUGGUCUUGAGGAUCUUAAAGGUCUUUCCCAGCCCUAACACCUCCAUAAGUCUGUGAUUAUAAAUGUUUCUUGUCUGGUGCAUUUUCUAUUGAAAGUGCAGUGGUUCUGCUCCCAGCAAGCAUCAGUGAUGUCUGGGAGAGGCCCCACAGACCUCAUGCUUUUAACUGUCAGAUGAGAGGAGAAGAUGCUCCCUGAUAAGAUCUCCUUGAGUUGUCACAAAUAAUUAAUGUGGGCAAGCACAGCUACUCCUUUCCAGGGCCAAUUACCUCAGGAGGAGCUGAGGUCACUCUUUGGGAUGCUGUGAAUUGAGCAAUGGUGGCUCUCAGAGCAGAGGACACUGGUGGUUCCUGAUUUCCAGCAAGACUCUCCUCUCUCAGAGGCCACAUCUCAGGAAAAGCCUCCUGCCUCUGGCUGCAACCUGGGGAAAGCUUCUUCACUUUGGAACUUUGGAAACAGAGCCAAGAGACCCUUGACAGGCAGCUCAGUCAAGCCUGAUCCUAAAAGACAGCCAAGAUCUUGGUGUCCCCCUGUUUGCCAGCCUCAUGGAAGGGUUCAGUAGGAGGGGAGGCCAAAAACAGGGUUUGGUUUCUUGGUCUGCUGCAGCCUCAGCCCAAGGUUUGGAGCGACGUGUUUGUUUUUUUCUCAUUUCCUGGAUGAGGUAAGGCAGGGUGGGCUGAGCACUGAGCUCAUCCACACAGGGCCAAACAGCCAAACAGAUUUCCAAGGAGUGGGGAGAGUGUGGCAGUGUCAUCUUUAACCAUCUGUCUGGCAGGGGAUGCACAGCCCUUCUUUGGAGAUGCUGCUGGGACGUUUAUUGCCUUGUCUGGGGCUGAAUUAUAAGUCAGAAGUUCCUCUCCCAAACCAUUUCCUUGAUCCAGACUAAUCCAAGACAUGCUUACCAGUGUCCUAAAUUGUCCCUGCUUUAGGGCCCAACAUCCAGGUGUUGAUGUUGUGAUGAUGAUUGGAUUAUCUACUUAAAUAUGUUUGAUUUGCAGUGGCAGGGUUAAAACCCCGAGAAUGAAAUCAGCAGGACAGCCCUGCAUCUGAUUAAACCCCCUCCACUGCUUCUCUCUGCCUCCCAACCAUCCUGCAGGAUGUGUUCUUCCUAGGCAAAAUCUCUCCAGGAUUUGCUGUCAGGCCAUUAAUGAUCAGUUUUCCUGGUGCCUUCACUCCUUUCCACCACACUUCAGCUCUGGCUUCCCAAACCAUUCCUAGCUGGUGGAUGAUGAGGUGGGAAGUUGGUCUUUCCCAUUCCCAUCUGACCAAGCUCCCAGCCCAGCCAUCCAGUUGCUCAGGGUUGGGAAGAGUUUCCUGGGAAGUUUAUGAAGAGAGCAGAACAACCUGAGGGAUUUGGUACCAUCUGGAGCUCCCAGCAGGUGGGAGAGGUGUGACAGUGCUGCUGAAUUGCAAAAAUGCCCUCAGUGGUGCUUUCCCAAGCUCCCAAAGGUGCCAGUGUGCAAAAUAACAGCUCUGAGAUGCUCACACAGGGCAGAUUUAUGGCACAGCACCCUGUACUUAGAACAAUCUCCUUACAUCAGCCAUGUAGGAAUGUGCCAGAUCCUGCAUCUUCCCGAGGCACAGACGUUAUCAUGGCUCAUCUCCUGUGGGACACAGCCUGAACUCCUGGGGAUGGGAGAAAAUUAAUCCAUGGUGCUGCUGUCUCGCCUUUGAGAGCUCAAAAUGGUCAAACUUUUGACAACCCUCCACAAAAAAAAGCCCACAAAAAGCAACAAAACAGAACAAACCACAGAAACCAAGUCUUGAGCUAUUUAUCUUUUAUUCUCUGAGUCACAGGAUGUGGAGCAUUCACUCACCUUUUCAGGGGCAGGGCUAGAGAUGUUUUGGGUUUUUUUAUAGAAGCACAGACUGGUUUGUGUUGGAAGGGACAUUAAAGCCCAUCCAGUGCCACCCCCUGCCAUGUGCAGGGACACCUUCCACUAUCCCAGGCUGCUCCCAGCCCUGUUCAGCCUGGGCUUGGGCACUGCCAGGGAUCCAGGAGCAGCCACAGCUUCUCUGGGCACCAUCCCCAACCUCACAGGGAAGGAUUUCUUCUGUAUAACUAACCUGAAUUUCCCUUCUUUCAGUCUGAACCCACUCCCCUUGUCCUGUCACUCUGAUGAGCAGUCCCUUUCCAGCUUCCCAUAGGCACCCUCAGAUACUGGAAAGUUCUGUGAGGUCUCCAUGCAACCUUCUCUUCUCUCUCUCUGGAUAUGUAUCCAGGAUAUAUUUAUAUCCUUGUUCUUUCCCUUGCAUGCCUCAGUUGGGAACUUCAUCCUCUCAAUGAACAAGGUCUUGUGGAUAUUUCAUGUGGAACAGUCCUGGUGGAGGUGCUGUUGCUGGAGCUGCAGGGCACAGCCAGGCUGUUUCACCUGCAGCUCUGUGGAUGCUCUGGGGUCAGCAAGGUUAGGAACCACCAGAAUUAGGAAGCACCAAAAUUCAGACCUCUGGCUCAGCGUUGUGCUUGGGAAUGCACAGGGACACAUCAGGGGCUGUUUGCUCUGCCUCCCAUCCAUCCCAUGUGUGCCCAGCUGGGGGCUGCUCCUGCCCUAGCUGCAGUACACAGCUAGUAAAUUAGCACCUGAAGUCACUCUUGUUUUGCAAGCCUGAUUAACAUAAUGGCUGAGGCUGUCUGUGUUUGAAACUGUCGAGAAGGCAGGGAGGGUGUCUCUGUCCAGGCUCUGUGUCCUGCCUGCCCUCAAGGGGGAUCAGUCACCUGGCAGAGUCACCUUCUCCCUGCUGGCACGAAGGCAUCACCACCUGAAACACCCUGGGCAGAGGCAGGGAGCCUCCAAAAAAUGAGUCUGUGCUGCUGAGACAGAAAUCCAACUCACACCAAAGCACCAGAGUUCACCGUGUGAACCACCACCCCGUGCUACCUCGUUAAUGGAUUCGCAUUUCUCUCCCAUCUGUUUGUCCCAGCAGAGAUUCCCUUUUGCCCUGAGAGCAGCCAAGGUAACAGAAGUGCUUUGUUCUGCUCUGUU